GCAACGAUGGAUUUUAAUCUUGUUUCUAUCCUGAUCUUUAUUCUUGAUAUAAAAUAACAAUUAAUGAUAUAUUAAGUAGUGCUAAGCUGUACAAAAUAAUUGAACAUUAAACUAUAUACUUCAGCCUUUUAUUUUUUACUCAUUUAUAUGGUGUCAUAAUAGGCACAUACGAUAAACGUAUAUAUAUAUAUAAAUACGUUGUUUACAAAAUAUAUCAUCGAUUAAUUAUCGAUUUAACUUUUUAAGAAUAUAAAGGGAUUAAAUAUCAACAAUAAAUAGAAAUAAUGGAGCCAGAUUAUAAUGAUGACCGUAGUGGUUGGGCAGAUGAAAUAACAAGAACAACUGAAGAUGGUGGUGGGGAAGAUAGUUUUGAUAAUCCUCAAGAAAUAUUAAAUGAAUGUUUAAAUAAAUUUAAGACACCAGAUUAUAUUAUGGAACCUGGUAUUUUUACACAGCUUAAAAGAUAUUUUCAAGCUGGUGGAAAUCCUGAGCAGGUCAUAGAACUAUUAUCAAAAAAUUAUACAGCUUGUGCUCAAUUGGCAAACCUUCUUGCAGAAUGGCUUAUUCUAGCUGGAGUUAAAGUUUCAGAUGUGCAAGCAAUGGUAGAAAAUAACUUGAAAGACAUGAUAUUGAAAACAUUUGAUCCUAAGAAAGCAGAUAAAAUCUUUACAGAGGAGGGUGAAACUCCAGCUUGGUUAACAGAAAUGAUUCAGCAUCCCACUUGGAGAUCUCUUAUUUAUAGACUUGCAGAAGAAUAUCCCGAUUGUUUGAUGUUGAAUUUCACAAUAAAGCUUAUAUCUGAUGCUGGAUUUCAAGGGGAAAUUACAAGUAUUUCAACAGCUGCACAACAGAUUGAAGUAUUUUCACGAGUUUUAAAAACUGCCAUUGCUGGUUUUCUGCAAAAUACAGAAAAUUGGCAGUCAAGUAUACAAGAAUGUGCGAAAAUGGUAUGUCAUGGACAGCACACAUAUGUCUAUAGUCAAGUAUUACUACAAAUUCUUGCUCAAGAAUCUCGUGGUGGAUUUAUGAUGAAGAGACUUUCGCAGGAAAUUACUAAAUGUGCCCAACAGAAUCAUCAUGACGUUACGCCAAUAACAAUGGCACUUAACGGAGCUUCGAAUAGUCCGACUGCAUGUCAAGCACUAGCGUCUAUGUUAUCACGGAAUACUUUAAAUCCUGCUGAUAUCAGUGUAUUAUUCAGAAAUUAUUCCACUACCGAACCACCACCUAUAGAAUUGCUACGUAAUCCUCAGUUUUUGGAACUACUGGUCGAUGCACUCUUUAAACCAGGUGUCAAAAUUAAUCCUGAACAUAAAUCGAAAUAUAUAUAUUUAUUAGCUUAUGCAGCUAGUGUAUGUGAUAUUCCAGCUAAAAAAGGACAUUUGCGUAAACUAAACAAAGACGAACUAAAGACAACUAUUCAAGCUAUAGAGAAAGUUCAUAAUAUUUGUAACAUUAAUAAAGGAUCGACCGAAUUAAUAGCUGAAUUACAUACUUUGUAUCAAUGUAUAAGAUUUCCUGUUGUGAGUGUUGGUAUAAUUAGAUGGGUAGAAUGUACCGUGACAGAACCAUCGUAUUUUAAAUUAUGUACAGAACAUUGUCCUGUACAUCUUGCAUUGCUUGAUGAAGUUGUAGUUUGUCAUCCACUAUUACAUCUGAAAGUAUUACAACUUCUUGUACAGUUAUUUGAAAGUAAACAAGAUGAACUAGAGAUACUUGUACAGUUGGAAAUGAAAAAAAUGUUGAUCGAUAGAAUGGUUAAUUUAUUGAGUAAAGGUUGUGUAGUACCUGUAGUAUGUUAUAUUAAACAGUGUUGGCAACGCGGAGAUACCGAUGUUUCUCUAAUUAGAUAUUUCGUUACAGAGGUUUUGGAAGCAAUUGCUCCACCAUAUACUGCUGAAUUUGUACAUUUAUUUUUACCUAUGGUAGAAGACGAAGAAAUUACGGGUUCGAUGCGUGGUGAUAGCGAUAACGAUCUCGUUUCAGAAUUUAUAAUACAUUGCAAAGCACACUGCCCUACAAUAAGGUGAUGCACAAACGUGAAAAAUGGACCAAAUUAAAAAAGAACAUAAGUAUUGUAAGAGAUACAUUUAUUCCCUAUUUCAAUACAUAAAUUACUAAUUUAUUUGACUUUCUUUUCUUUUGUUACAUACAAUUCAAAUGCUUGGGCAUAAGCAUGUUUGAAAGAGAAUAACUCCUUUGCUCAUCUGUGAUACCAUAACUUAUAGUUUUUCUGUAACAAAAGCAGGUAUUAUUAACAUCAUAUAACUUUUGUAAAUUGCAUAGUGUUAUGAAACUUUUAAUAAAAAUAGUUGUUUAAUAGAA